AUGCCUAGCUACCUUGUAACUGGCGCAAGCAGAGGACUUGGUUAUGGCAUGAUUAAGGUUCUGGCAUCAGAUCCCCUCAACAAAGUUAUUGGACUUGUUCGAGACGCAGCCGCUACUCGAGCGCGCCUAAGCACCGACAACGUAUCCAACGUACACAUUGUAGCCGCAGACAUCACCGAUGACAAAGCCUUGAAAGAGGCUGCAGAGGAAACAAAGCGCUUCCUUGGAGACGCAGGAUUGGAUGUCCUGAUUAACAAUGCCGCGUACGUGAGCAAAGCCACGGAAUUGAAAAACUUCAAGGACUUCGAACAUGACGUGCCAGCCGUCUUGAAAGAUGCGCAGCAGAGCUUCGAGAUUAAUGUUGUGGGCGUCCUCAAAACCAUCUAUGCUUUCCUUCCACUGGUCCGAGAAGGCAAAUUGAAGAAGAUUGUAGGAAUAUCGAGUGGUAUGGGAGAUAUCGAAUUUAUAAACAGCCUCAGACUCGCCAACGCCGCUCCCUACGCCGUCAGCAAAGCCGCUUUGACCACCAUGUUUGCAAAAUUCAACGCGGCCUAUCAAGAUGAAGGGCUCUUGUUCUUUACCAUAUGUCCUGGUCUCGUCGACACCGCAGAGGUAUCAAGCGAUGACUCAUUGCGUUUACAGGCAAUCAUGGCCAAAUUUAACGAUUAUGCGCCAGGCUUUAAGGCGAUGGACCCAGUUACUGCUGCGGAGAGCUCUUUGGCGGCUGUUGCUCGCUCGUCAUUAGAGACGGGGCAUGGAGGCUCGUUUCUCAGCCAUAACGGGACUAAGAGAUGGAUGUAG